AUGAAAUACUGCUUAACUAUCAUCGAAAAUACUUUUCUGAAUAAUCCAUCAUACAACAAGACUCUACUUAAUGAAAUCACCUCCAAAUUAUAAGAACUCUUCUCUUCAAACAAUACAUUUUCAAACAAAUUUCAAUUCUCUUUGCUUUAAAAAUUAAAUCAGAAAGAAACUGAUAUAUCAAAAUUCGAUACAAAAGUGGAAUUCUUAAAAAUUAAUGAUAUAUAUUCUUUGUUAAAGCAAGAAUGUAAUGGAUAACAAUUAAGAAUCUUCAGAUGA